UUGGCAAUACAUAGUAGAUCAAACACACAUUUAAAAAACUGAAACAUAAAGAAAAAGAGAGACAUGGAAAUUAUGGAAGAUGUGGUGAUAGUUGGGGCCGGAAUAGCCGGAGUGGCGACGGCUGUAGCGCUGAAAAAAGUUGGUAUCAGAGCUUUGGUAUUAGAAAAAUCGGAGGGACUACGAACUACUGGUACUGCUUUAUCACUCUUUCCUAAUGCUUGGAUCGCCCUUGAUGCUCUUGGUGUUUCUCAUAAGCUCACUUCCCUUUAUCCUGCUCUUUUAAGGGGUUGUGUAACUAAUGUUGCUACCGGAGCUGUUCAAGACAUCAAAUUUGGCGAAAAUAGUGGACCAAGAGCUAUUCAUCGCAAAACUUUACUGAAUACUCUAGCAGAAGAAUUGCCACCUCAUUCGAUCCGAUUUUCUACCAAGAUUACUUCUAUUGAAUUGCAAGAACAUGGACGCAUCUCAAUUCCUGUGUUACAUUUAGAAGAUGGAACCACUAUCAAAUCAAAGGUUUUGAUCGGGUGUGAUGGAGUGCAUUCGAUGGUUGCGAAAUGGCUCGGACUUUCAGAAACAAUCCAUUCAGGGAGAUAUGCUGUGCGAGGAUUAUCCGUGUACCCAGAAGGGCAUGGAUUUAAGCAAGAAGUUCAUCAAUUUGUCGACGUUGGCAAAAGGGCUGGUUUCGUACCUCUCAAUGACAAAGAGCUUUAUUGGUUCUUAUUGAUCCCUCCUCAAGGAAAUGAAAUGCCUAGAGACCCCGAAAUAAUACAAAAAGAAAUCAUCGAAAAGUAUGCAAAAAACUUCCCCUCACUAUACCUAGACGUGGUUCGACGAGCGGAUCUUUCCGAGCUAACAUGGGCGCCGUUGAUGCUGAGGAAUCCGUUAAACGUGAUAUUCGGAAAUACAUGCAAAGGAAAUGUGACAGUAGCUGGUGAUGCAAUGCACCCAAUGACGCCUGAUAUAGCCCAAGGCGGCUGCUCCGCCUUAGAAGACGCAGUUGUACUCGGCAGACACAUCGGCAACUCCUUCAUUAAAAAUGGAGUUGUGGUUCCGGAGGAAAUGGAGGGAGCCAUUUAUGGAUACGUUAAAGAAAGAAGAUGGCGAGUUGGUGGGUUGAUUACUGGUUCGUUUCUGUCCGGUUGGGUUCAACAAGGCGGCUCUAAUUGGCUCAUGAAGUUUCUCAGAGAUUUUAUUUUUUAUGGUUUUAUAUUUAGUAAGCUCAGUAAGGUUGUGGUUUAUGAUUGUGGGAAAUUGCCUACUGUCUCUGGUGAUGAUGGUCAGAUGCAUUCCUCAAAUCAUAAAACAGAUUAGCUAGCUAAACUACUUUCAACCUUUGUUUCACUGGACAGAGCGGUUCGAUUAGAAACUGAAAAUCAGUCUGGUUCGUUUCUUUUAAGAUUAUAUUUGUCUUGCUCAAAUUAAGAUAUUCAUUUCUGUUUCGGAAUAUAAUAUGAUUUUUUU